UUCAACAUUUGGACUCUGGUAUUAUAAUUGGGCUCAAAGUAUCUACACAGAAGUGGUCUGUUUCCUCAUCCAAUGAGCUCGGCCUGUGUGUGGAUGUGACACUCCAGUGGAAGGAAGCCAAGAGCCUAUAGUAGCAAUCCUGGGGAAAUUUUAAGCAGCUGUGGCUAUGUAAUUCAAAACCUCUGAAAACUGUGUUGCAGUCCGUGCCCAGCAUUAGUAUAACAUGAGGGCUGGAUGUAGUCCGUCCCCCGGAGGACUUCCUCGCCUGCUGCAGGAAAGAGAAGACUGAAAGACAAACCUGGGUGCAGCCGGAAAGGUCCAAAUACAUGAGCUUGUGGCAUCCAUUCCCCAAAUUCAGGGCCUCCCACCAUACCUCAGCUGGGUCUCAUUGUUCUGAACCGCAUUAGUUAAGAUUGCCCAAGCUUGGAUUUCAAAGGAAUACUUUCAUUGUUCCGUCUGUCACACCAAGUAAUUGGGACCAGCUGGAUGUCAGGAUGCGCGUGGUUACCGUGGUAAUCCUGCUCUUCUUUUGUAAAGCCGCGGAACUGCGCAAGGCAAGCCCGAGAGGCCGAGCCAAUCAUGGCCGGGCCGGUGGCAGCAGGAGAGGCUCCAGCCCCGUCAAACGCUACGCACCGGGCCUCCCCUGCGAAGUCUACACGUAUCUCCACGAGAAAUACUUAGACUGUCAAGAGAGAAAACUAGUUUACGUGCUGCCCGACUGGCCUCAGGAUUUGCUGCACAUGCUGUUAGCGAGAAACAAGAUCCGCGUAUUGAAGAACAAGAUGUUUUCCAAGUUUAAAAGGCUGAAGAGCCUGGAUCUGCAACAGAACGAGAUCUCCAAAAUCGAGGGCGACGCUUUCUUCGGUUUAAAUAAACUGACUACUCUCCUCCUGCAGCACAACCAGAUCAAAGUCUUGACGGAGGAGGUGUUCAUUUACACGCCUCUCCUGAGCUACCUGCGUCUUUACGACAACCCCUGGCACUGUACUUGCGAGAUGGAAACGCUUAUUUCCAUGUUGCAGAUUCCAAGAAACAGGAAUCUGGGGAACUACGCCAAGUGCGAAAGCCCCCAAGAACUGAAAAACAAAAAACUGAGGCAGCUAAAACCUGAACAGUUAUGCAGCGAAGAAGAAAGCGAACGGUUAGACCCGAGACCCCAAGUGUCCGGGAGACCCCCGGUCAUCAAGCCUGAGGUGGAUUCUUCUCUUUGCUACAAUUACGUGUUUCCCAUCCAAACGCUGGACUGCAAACGGAAAGAGCUGAAGAAAGUUCCAAACAACAUCCCUCCAGAUAUUGUUAAACUUGACUUGUCAUACAAUAAAAUCAACCAACUUCGACCCAAGGAGUUUGAAGAUGUUCAUGAGCUAAAAAAAUUAAACCUCAGCAGCAAUGGCAUUGAAUUCAUAGAUCCUGCCGCCUUUUUAGGACUCACACAUUUAGAAGAGUUAGAUUUAUCCAACAACAGUCUACAAAACUUUGACUAUGGAGUACUAGAAGACUUGUAUUUUCUGAAACUCUUAUGGCUCCGAGAUAAUCCUUGGAGAUGUGACUACAAUAUCCACUACCUCUACUACUGGUUAAAGCAUCACUACAAUGUCCACUACAACGGCCUGGAAUGCAAAACGCCUGAAGAGUACAAAGGGUGGUUCGUGGGGAAAUAUAUUCGUACUUACUUCGAAGAAUGCCCCAAAGACAAGUUACCAGCAUACCCUGAAACAUUUGACCAGGAUACGGAAGAGGAUGAAUGGGAAAGAAUACAUAGGGAUCACGCAGCAAAGAAACAAAGCGUGAGGAUCACUAUACUGGGGUAACUGAGAAAUUGUUCUGCUUCCAGCAAGUUCUGUAUUUGCUCCUCCGGUGUCAGAAAACCACAUGUUUACAUUGGGAUUGAACUGUGUUGCCUGUUGACGCCGGGUUAUCCAGCUAAGGGAAGGUUCCCUUUAUCAGUAGGAGUAUUAUUAUUGAGAGAAUUCUAGCACUCAAGGGAAUACUUUGAUCCUGCUUGCCUGCCUACCUGCGGACCAGCUUUUGGUGAUGAUUCUGCCCCAGUAAACUGCAGGAGUUGGGUCCUAAUGAUGGCAUUGGAAUUUCAUAAUGUCCUGCAUAAAUGUUUUCAUUGCUUUUUGAAAAUUAAAAAAAAAAAACUUGGUUCAUUUUUAUAUGCCUUGUGAUCGCUGCUUGUGCAUACCUCAAGAUCAAAAGGAAAAUAUAUAAACACUUAGUGAUCAUAAAAUAUCAUUCUCUCCCCUCUGCCCCCUCCCACUUUUUUUUUUUUUUUUCAGUAAGUCAGCAUGUACAUAGAAUAAAAUUCCAUUUCAGAUUCCUGUGCAUUCCAAAAUGAGGUCCAGGUAAACCCAAAUCCUCAAGUACUCUUCACUGAUUCUUAUAAAAAACUGUCAAGCUAGACCUGAAUGAGAAUUGUCACAAGCAAAUGAAUAGAGAAUCUGGGAAUUAUAUUGGAGAUUGGUCAGAAGAUGGGACUCUGAAGAAAUUGUAGAUGGUGUGAAACAUGAGUAAUGAAGAGGUGUAAACACUAGAGGAUGUGGAAAUAGCAUUGAUUU